UGGCUACUUGCGCUUAGGGAGUGUUUUCCCAUUUAAACAAACACAGUCCUGAAGAUGGCGGAGAGUUAAUAGUAGUGGAAAAAGGAAACUGGUGCGCUCCAAGGAAUACAUUGAAUCUGAGUCAGAUGUGGUGGACUUGGAAACAUUGACUGAAUUCCUUUAAAAAGGAGCAGACCGGACGGGACUCUGGACAGGCCACGGUCACGCACAGGUCACACUCGCGCCAAAGGUGCUGAUAUGUGCUUACGAUGAGCGGACUGGGGGAGAACUCCUUAGAGCCGCUGUGCUCCGACCGGAAACGCAAGCUCUCCACCUGCGAUACGCCCGGCCUCGGGUGUGACAAGAGGAGACGGGAGCAGGAGACCAAGUAUAUCGAGGAGCUGGCCGAGCUGAUCUCGGCCAACCUCAGCGACAUCGACAACUUCAACGUGAAGCCGGACAAGUGCGCCAUCCUCAAGGAGACCGUGCGACAGAUCCGACUCAUCAAGGAGCAAGGGAAAGCAUCCUCCAAUGAUGAUGACGUCCAGAAAGCCGACGUGUCCUCCACGGGCCAGGGGGUCAUCGACAAGGACCACCUGGGGCCGCUGUUGCUUCAGGCUCUGGACGGCUUCUUAUUUGUGGUCAACCGGGAAGGCAACAUCGUGUUUGUGUCGGAUAACGUGACGCAGUACCUGCAGUACAAACACGAGGAGCUGAUCAACACCAGCGUCUACAACAUCCUCCACGAGGAGGACCACGAUGAGUUCCACAAGAACCUGCCCAAGUCCAACAUGAACGGCGUGUCGUGGGGUGGUGAAGCGCCUCGGCAGAAGAGCCACACCUUUAACUGCCGCAUGCUGGUGAAGUACGUCCCCGGCCCGGCGGAGGAUGCGGGGGCCAGCCCGCGGUACGAGACCAUGCAGUGCUUCGCCCUGACGCAGCCCAAAGCCAUGAUGGAGGAGGGGGAGGACCUGCAGUCCUGCAUGAUAUGCGUGGCGCGGCGCAUCACUGCGGUGGAGCGGACGGAGAGUUUCAACACCAACCACGAGCUUUCAGGCAAGCUGAUCCAGAUCGACCAGAACUCGCUGCGCACCAUGCGGCCGGGCUGGGAGGACCUGCUGCGCCGCUGCAUCCAGAUGUUCCUGCACCACAGCGAGGGCCAGCCCUGGUCCCACAGGCGCCACUACCAAGAGGCUCUCAUGCAGGGCCACGCUGAGACCCCGCUGUACCGCUUCUCGCUGUCGGACGGCACUCCGGUCACGGCACAGACCAAGAGCAAACUGUGCCGCAACCACGUGACCAAUGAGCCGCAGGGCUUCAUAUCCACCCAUCUGCUGCAGAGGGAGCAGAACGGAUACCGCACCAACCCGGGCGGCAUGAGGCCGCAGGGCAUGGCCAACGCCGGCGGUCAUGCCCAGCCUGGCGGAGGCGUGCCCAUGGGCGCCAGCAGAGCCUACGGCAUGAGCGAGCACGGCGGCAUGGGCCCGGUGGGCGGUGGCGCGUACGGCGGCGGCGGCGGCAACAGGAUGAUGCAAAUGAAUCCCAUGAACUCUAUGAAUCAGAUGAACUCCAUGAAUCAAGGGAACCAGAUGAACCCCAUGAAUCAAGGGAAUCAGAUGAAUCCCAUGAAUCAGAUGAAUCCUAUGAAUCCCAUGAAUCAGAUGAGUCAGAUGAGCCAAAUGAAUCAGAUGCACCCAAUGAAUCAGGUGAACCCGAUGAACCAGAUGAAUCAGAUGGGCCACCCUGGCCCUGGCCCCAGCAUGCAGCAGCCGCAGCAGCAGCAGCCUCCUCCAUUCCAGUGCGGCGGGUACGGCCUGGGCAUGAACAGCCCCUCCCAUGGUAGCCCGGGCAUGAGCGGCCCCCAGCAGAACCUCAUGGUCUCCCCCAGAAUGCGCGGGAGCCCCAAAAUGGCGGCAAGCCAGUUCUCCCCAGGAGGAAUGCCCUCCCCCAUGGGCGCGUGCGGUGCUGGCGGGACGGGCGGGGGCGGAGGCAGCAGCUCGUUCUCCAGCAGCUCGCUCAACGCCCUGCAGGCCAUCAGCGAGGGGGUGGGCAGCGCCCUGUCCUCCGCCCUGACCUCGCCGGCCCACAAGGCCGAGAGCUCACCGGGCCUGGUCUCCUCCCAGCAGCAGAGCCAGCUGGGAAAGCCCAAAAGCCCGGCGGACCCGCUCCACCCGCACCUCCACCCGCACCAGCACCAGCACCGCCCCCUGUCGGCGGACGGAGGCGGUGACAGGCCCGACAGUCAGGCCGGGCAGCCCAGCGCCAAGGAGGGCGGGGACGGGGGCGUGGCCAGCUCCGAGCCGCCCAGGCGGUCGCUGGACAGCAAGGGGCACAAAAAGCUGCUGCAGCUGCUGACGUCCCCCACGGGGGAGCUGGACCUGGGGGUAGGGGGGGCACACCCCAUGGGUCCUCCCAGGCCGUCCACGCCCUCCGGGCCGGACGCCAAGGAGCCCGCGGGCUGCGUCACCAGCCCCACUUCCAUGGGCGUGUCCUCCUCCUCCUCCGGCCCGGGGCAGCAGGGCCCGGCGGGCCACUACCCCUCCCACUCGCUGCAGGAGAAGCACAAGAUCCUCCACAAGCUCCUGCAGAACGGGAACACCCCGGACGAGGUGGCCAAGAUCACCGCCGAGGCCACCGGCAAGGUGUCCGGGGGGGCGGAGCUGGCGGGCGGGGCCGGGGGCGGGCCUGCUGGCCGGGGCGGGCCGGGGGUCCGGGAGGUGAAGCAGGAGCAGCACAGCCCCCGGAAGGAGAAGACCCACGCCCUGCUGCACUACCUCCUGAACAAGGAGGAGCCCAAGGAGGCGGCGGAGAUCAAGGCCAAGCUGGAGGAACAGGAGGGGAAGGGAGACUGCAACAGCUCCUCCAGCGACAGACCCGAGGGAAAGGUCAAGAUUGAGCCCCCUGAUGAGUUGGACAGCCUGGAGUCGAUACUGGGAGGCCUCCGGAACUCCGGCUCCGGGUUUUACCCCGAGCCAGGAAUGGGAGGAGCCAGUGAAGGGAGGAGCAAGCAGGGGGUGUGUCUGGAGGACAGCGUGCACGGCUCCAGGAGCCCGGGGCCCGUCCCUGCCAGUCGCGCGCCCUUCCAGAGGGCCGUGUCGGUGGACAGUAAGCCCCCUGGUGGUGGAGGACUGGCAGGGCGUCGCAGCGCCCCGUGCCCCAUGCUGAUCAAGCAGGAGAGCCUGGACAGCCCGCGCGGGAUUGGCACGCCCGCCAACGUCCCCGGGAACAUGGCGAUGCUGAACAGGGGGGUGGCAAUGCCUCAGCGUUCCCCCAUGGGGGGUUCGGGGGACUGGGGGAGGCCUGGCGGGAGCCCCGCGGGGCCAGUAGGACACCCCUCCAUGGUCCGCCCCGGAAUGGACUACGGCCCCAAAGGCAUGAUGGGAGGACCCAUGGUCAGCAGGUCCAACAGCGUGCCGGGCAGCAGGUCUAUGCUACAGCAGCAGCUGAUGGAUAUGGGACCGGGUGAAAUGAAUGUGGGCAUGGGGCCCUUCGUUGGGCAGGGCCCCCCCAGUCAGUCCCCCUCGUGGCCAGAUGCUGUGAUGGGCGGGGAGCCGGGACCCCCAAACGGGCGUGGCAGGCGGCAGUUCGGGAACCCCCUGGACGAGCUGCUGGUGCCCCCGUCCACCAGCGAGGGGCAGAGCGACGAGCGGGCGCUCCUGGACCAGCUGGACUCGCUGCUCAACAACACGGACGUGAUCACGCUGGAGGAGAUCGACCGCGCGCUGGGCAUCCCCGACCUCAUCAGCCAGGGCCAGGGUGGCGAACAGCCCCCAGAGCACUUUGGGGGUCCGGACUCCCCCCUGGUGAUGGAGCAGAGGCCCAUGUACGGCCAGGGCUACCCCGGCCCCCCCAGCAUGGCCAUGCAGUCGGCCUACGGGGGCGGGGGCGGCGGCGGGGGGGGUUUCGGCCCCAUGGUGGGCCCCGUGGGGCAGCCGGGCGCCUUCCCCCUGCAGGGCAUGCACCCGCGGCCCGGCGCCAUGCAGCCGCGCAUGAUGAGCGCCACCAAGCCCAUGCGGCUGCAGCUGCAGCAGAGACUGCAGGGCCAGCAGUUCAUGAACCAGACUCGCCAGGGUCUCGGGGUGAAGAUUGAGAAUGCCCCUGCAGGAAGCCCGAUGCUUCGGCCUGGCAUGCAGCCUGGCAUGAGCGCCCAGCCUGGGUUCCUGAAUGCUCAGAUGAUUGCCCAGCGGAACAGGGAGAUGGUGAACCUCCAGAUCAGGAGACAGAGGAUGAUGAUGAUGGCCAUGCAGCAGCAGCAGCAGCAGCAGCAGCAGCAACAGCAGGCUGUAGCUGGGUUCAGCCCCCCUCCCAACGUCACCGCCCCCGCUGCCAUGGACAACCCCAUGGCUGGCCCCCCCAUGGCCGGACCCCCCAUGGCUGGCCCCCCCAUGGCCGGGCCCCCAAUGAACCAGCCAGGGCAACAGACCUUCCCCUAUGGAGGGAGCUAUGGGAUGAACCAACAGGGGGACCCCUCAUUUCCACGCUCAGCUGGCAGUCCCCCCAACAAUAUGAUGCCUGGUCGCCUGGGUCCUCCACAGAAUCCCAUGAUGCAACAGCACCCCCAGGGCGGCCCCAUGUACCAGUCAGCUGAUAUGAAGGGCUGGACGCAGGGCAAUAUGGCCAGGAAUACCAUGUACCCCCAGCAGCAACUUGCCCAACAGGGCAACCCCAGCUCAUACGGGGGCAUGAUGAUGAACGGGUCCAUGCCAGUGAACGGGGGGAAUGGAGCGCAUAUGGGGCAAAUGCAGGGGCAGAUGGGCAUGAACCCCAUGGCCAUGGGGCGGAUGCCUAUGGGGUCUGAGCAGAAGUACUGCUGAUGGCUGUGACUCCUCAGUGUGAGCUCUGAGUCCUGCAGAACGGGCAGAGGCAGCUGCGUCUCUCACCAACGUCUGCUCUGCCUGCCCACCAGAGGCUGCCUGCAGGGAUCAGUGUGGUGCUGACAGAAUUCCUCUGAAUGUCAGACUGAGACAUGCGCAAACACACACACACACCACACCCAAACACAGACACACACACACAGAAACACCCAGACAUACACACACAAACGCAUGCACGCCCACACCCAAACACAGAAACGUGCGCACACGCAGACACACACACACACACAAACACACCCAAACACAGAAACACACAGACAUACACACACAAACACGUGCAGGCCCACACCCAAACACAGAAACACACGCGCACACACACACACAGACACACACACACAGAAACACCCAGACAUACACACACAAACGCAUGCACGCCCACACCCAAACACAGAAACGUGCGCACACGCAGACACACACACACACACAGUUGCUCAUACAUGCUCACGACGACACAUGCUCACUCAGACACACAGACGUGCUCUUCUUCUCUCUCGCUCUCCUCUCUCUCACGCACGCAUGUUCACCCACAGACACACUCGCACAGAGAAACGCGAACCCUCGUACACACGAGUGAGCGAUGCUCCGGUGGAGGACAUGUAUUUAUGUAGUUGUGCUGCGGCAUCUCGCCUCUGUGCGUUUCUUUUCCUACUGGAGGAGCCAAGCUUUGUCCGUUGGGCCAAUCAGAACGCGGCCCGUUUCUCCAAUCAGAGCAGAGGCUUCGCGUCGUUUGCAGGCAGUUAGACAGUGUAGAUGUCACGCAGUAUUUAGCCUUUGUUGUGAGAAACACUUUGCUUUGAAAUGUGAUGGGCUAUGGUACGAGGCAGAACUAUUUAGUUGCGAUUGCAUUGCACUUUACAGAAAGGCUAAUAUUGAAAGGACUGUUGCAAUAUUUCUUAGUCAUUUUAGCCUUAUUAAAAAAAUCAAUGCACAUAGCAAAAUCUUUUCUUCAGUGGGCUCUUUAUAAUUUAAAUGUUAAUGCAGAGCAGUAAGCACAUAUUUCUAUAUUAUGCAGAUUUAAGCAAUAAACAUUCUACUCUUUAGACUGAAGCUGAAAUGGAUCAUUAACUCAAAGCAAAGGUACUGCAGUAUUAGUUGUAUUGUCACAUUUUGCAAUUUCUUGUCUGUGUAUAUGAAUUGUAAAUAUGCUUCAAAUGUGUAUUAUAUGCUUUUGUAGGUUACAUACUGUUUUUUGCACAGACUGUAGGGCUUCUUCGUAUUUAAAGUAUAAUUCUUGUUUUUUUUUUAAGGUGAAUAGAGCUUUUAUUCGAUUUUUUUGUUGGGUUUUUUUUUUUUUUUUUGGUAAAGGGGCAAGGGUCGAGAUUAUUUGUCGUGCCCUGAUUUUGAAUACAUUUUAAACUGUACAGCUGCCAUUUUUUUAAAAAAGAAAGGCACUUUUAUUUCUGAUACUGAAAAACAAAUCCUGAAAUGGUUUUAUUUGUCAGGAUGGCCAUAAAGGUAAGAUGGUGAGGUGCUGAGUUUAUAAUUGUAGUAGCAUUUUAAUGAAGUUCCUCAAUGUAACAGGUAGAGGAAAAACAAGGAAUGCCCCAUCCUGCUUACCUAAGACACCAGGGACAAACAGACACACAAGAGGGUUCCAGUAAGAGGUUUCCUGAGGAACACACACACACACACACACAGAAUGGGGUCCCAUUCUACCAAUUUUUAAGGGGAUUUUUUUUAGACACACACACACACACACACACACACACGCACACACCAGCCAAGGGAUUUCCUGAGGUAACGUUACCCUUUUUACAGACUUUGAUAAUUUCAUGCAAACAAACUUGUUGUCUGUGUUCUCUUCCAUUCGUUGGAUGGAGGUCUAAGGAUCCACCUUCUUUUGUGAACCUGAAAAAGACCCAGGCAAAUGGCAGCUCCCUGAGUUCAGAUGGAACAUGAGAAAGCAUCCCGGUUGAACAGUAUCGUAGAGAAAACCAAAUCCUCUCACUCACUCGACUCCUAUGAAAAACUGAGUUCAGAAAGCAGUUCUUAAAGUAGCAUCUUGCCAGGCACAAAAUAGUAGCAUUUUUCUUUCUUGGUGGUGCUAAAAUGUAUCUUGGGGCAAAGUGGAAAGAAUUGUGAACAGGAUAUUGAAUUGAAGGGGAAGCUAUGGCUGUAAUUACUGUCAUUAAUCUUUAUUGAGGAUUUUUUCUUACCUUUACUCUGUGCUUGAUUUUCAUCGAGAAAUCUACCUUGUAAGACAUGCGCAAUCCAAAGAUUUGUUUUGUUUCAAUGCUUUGAAGGUUCCUUGACAGUGCAAAUGUGUAUUUAUGUGUAUAUGUGUGUGAACAAGCUUACACACAGAUAUAGAUACAUAUUAAAUGAAUAUAUAUGAAAUGAAUAUUUUGUAUAUUGUAUAAUACAUUACAGAAAGGAUACAUCUGUUUCCUGCUCUGCAGCUUUUUUCUGAGGGAGAAUAUGGCCAGUGGGGUAUAUAUUGCAGUGCCGCGGGGAAUAUGUUUCUGUAGAGAUUGUUUGGUAAGGUUUAACUUUUACGUUUUCACAAAGGCACCACUAUUGUGAAAUUGUUCUAGAUGGAGAAAAUCAAUUGAAUUAAAUGCUGUGUGGCAUAUUUGUCUUGAACUUAAUAUUUUUCAAGAGCUGACUUUUUUUUUUUUAGCUGACUGAUGGAGAAGAUUCAGUGGUUCACUUUGAUUACUAUAUUAAAUAGCCUAGAGAUUAUUUUAUUUUGUUUUAUUUUUGUCUUGAUUAGUUCAGUUAUAAUGUUAUUCAGUACACCCUGCAGGGAGUUUAUCCUUGCUCCUGUUUUCAGGUGUUGCGAUAGAGAAAAGUUCCCUUUGUUCUCUUCUCUUGAUUAAAUGAAAAACGGUAAAUGAAUCCAGGAUGUACAUUGCUUUUUUCUUGUUUUGCAAUGUUAAUAUUGAUGUAAAUACAAAUUUCUAUUUAAA